AUGGAUUCGGUCACAAACGCUAGCGGCUCAGGCGCCCCAAACACUGGCACUGGGGCCGUUGAGGUGCAAGACGGCUUCGCGGACCUUCUGGCCACAUUCAACGCGUACCUUGACGACGAACUAUUCCCCCUUCCAGAAUUCACCCGCUUUAUGGACCUGCCCAUCGAGAUCCGUUGCAACAUCUACGAACAGUACUUCUUGGAGGAGAAGAGGCUCCACAAUGAAGUCGGCUUCUGCUUGCUUGAGUCAGCCCACUUCCAUUUCAAUGACGAUGACGCCUUUGGCGAUUUUUUCGCUUUCCUUUACUUGCAGCAGCAUGCGAGGUCCCUCUCCAACAUGGUACGAAAGUUGACCUUGAACAACGUCAACGGCCAGAGAGGUUCUAUCAUAUAUGGGCCUAUUAACCGGGAAGCCAAUCUCAGGGUUACAGAUUUAUCGAACGAAGAGCACAUCGACAUCAUUCACGCCCUUCCACGUGUCCGUGAGCUCACAGUGACACUCCACGCGCCCCUUCUCUACUCGGGUGACUCCGGGGACGAGAAUCGACCAAUUUCCGUUCAAGCUAUUCCAAUCGAUGAUUUUUUAGUAGGAUUCAAGCCGGAGGCCAUCUUAUGCUUGAAGGAGCUGCAAAAGCUGGUCAUCGUCGGAACGAGUGGCUAUUGCAACCGCAGCAAACAAGUUGUCCACCACAACGUCGUAGUCAUGGACGACGCUAAGGCUGCGCAUCUUCAGGCAAUCUCCGACCUCUGUCGUUACUUCAAGCGUCGCUUCACAGAACAGGGGCGCCAUGUCGUUGUCACUGCUCAACUACUAUGUUCUCGGGAUGGAUGCAGCGAGGAGGUCUUCAAGUAA